AAUUCGUUUUAUUAGUUAUCCAAUAUACACCUCUGUUAUUUUUUGGCGCCAGCGUUCCAUUCUUAGUCCACUCGUGCCACGUACAUUUCGCAUACUCUCAAUUUCACAUUUACAUUCUGCUCAGCAGCCAUGGUCGAAACCCGCCGCCGCCGCAGACCCAAGACCGAUGUCAGCAACCAGUAUUAUGUCGGGUAUGUUGAGGACGACGAGUCUGUCGAUGCGAUUAUGAAAAAGUUUGAGGAGCUGGAGCGGAUCGAACAGGAGUUCUCAGCAAAGAAAAAGGGCGUCGCAGAGGCAUCCGGAAGCUCGAUGCCUGGAACGCCCGGAUCAAUCGCCAACGGCACAGCGGCUAACGCGGCAUUGGGCUCGGAGGCUGCCGACACAGACACAAAAUCUAAAGAAGGAACAACGGGCACAGACUCCGAGCUGGCAGAUGCUGAAUCGAUGACUGGGGAAGAGGGCGGCAUGACUAUGGAGCUGCUCGAAGAGGUUUUUAAGCGCACAAGCGCAUUCACUGUGCGUGGAGCCAUGAUAGACGCCCUCGACUUGGAGGUCAUGGACGACGUCGAGCUGUGGGAAGCUGAGGCCGGCAACGCCAUCCCGCUUGAAUGGGAGGAGGAAGAGGACUACAUCACGCUGCACCUCGACGAUGAUGCACUCGACGACGAGUUUGGUGUGCUUGUUUCGAGGCGCCGCAUGCCAAAGCGUGAGCCUGCCAAGAGGACCGGGGCAAAGCUCAGCAGUCGCGACCAGAUCAUUCAGCGCUACAAGUACAUGCAGGUGCGCAUCCAGGACAGACACGGCCACACUUUUUUUGUUAGCCGCAAGGUCAAUGCCGUAGAUCCAAGCUUGCCUACGUAUGUGCGCAUCCCUCCGGCGCCCAUCUCUCGCUCGUGGGUUAAGCACAUCCGGCCGCUGGCUGAUACUGCCGAGUCCACGCCUUACUCUGUCAUAUCGGGGAUUCUGAUCCCAAAGUCCGAGCCAAAGUGGGCGCGGCGCUUGGAAACAGACGAUACGCUCAGCUUUGACUUUUCGAUAUUUGGCUGCACCCUGCAAUGCGUGUACAUGGAUCCGCCACUCUUGCUCCCGAACGAACAGCCCAGGCCAGGCUAUUUCGACAUAUCGAGGCUCAGGGUGAUCCCCGUGCACAAAAUGCUGGUUCCCGGCGCGUUCCUGUUCACCUGGUGCGAAAAGGAGCUCCUCCCCGACAUGUGCGAGAUUGCCGAGAAAGAGUGGGGGCUCAAAUACGUCGAGAAUUUUUGCUGGGUGCGUCAGUUGACCAAUAACCACAUCGCGAGGCUUCCGUCGGAUUACUUCUGCCGCUCAAAGGUUACGUUGAUGAUCUUCCGCAAGGGGGGAGACCUGGAGAUGCGGCAUCAGCGCAGCCCCGACUCCGUGUUUGAUUUCGUCAAGCCGCGGAUGCCCGGUGAUCUGAAUGACCGCAAGCCAGAUUUUUCGUACACGGUUAUCGAGACGCUGCUGCCGCGUGCGCUGUGCACGCCCGAGCUGCCCGACCCCGAUAGACUAGUUCAGCUGUGGAUGCCUGCCGACAACCACCGUACAAACUGGACGACGAUUGUGCAGACACCAUUGGAGAGUCUGCCGGUUUGAGAUUGCAUGUUGACUGAAUAGAAUUCACGCGUAAAGUGCCGAGCACUACUUUUUUAUGAGGAGAGGGAAAUGUAGUGGCGGUGGCAGUGGUAAAUUAAUGGCAAAAAACCAUGACCACCCCAUCUUCGAUAUAAUUGCAUUGUUUUCCUGUCAACCAGCAAGUUGCGGUUAGCGGAGACACCGCUCGAGUGCCCAGACGUCCACACCACGCUCGUUUACUUUUUGACCACUGAAUUUUUUGGCUAACUGCCUUGUGUAUGAAUUCGCAGACAUGGUUUUAUUUUGCCAAUGCUAACGUGCAAUUUUGAUAAAUAAUAUCUACGAAUGCCAAGUGGCUGGAUUCAACUUGGCGAGGGUGAGUGAGAGUUAUCCAAUAUUGAUAACAGUGUUUACAGGUUACCAGCUGUUCCUUAAAAAUCCACCAUUUUACAAUUAAAUAAACAAGCCAAUAUUAUUC